UUUUGCGACCCUCUCAUUGCAUCAUGGUCGAACAAAUCUUUGACCAUUCACCAAUUGUGCUCUGACUGCUGGCUAGGCGGUCUAGCUCUGGAACUGGCCAGCCCCUUUGGAUACGACACUGCCUUGGCAGAAAGCUACGCAUCGCUCACCUCCAGUUGUAAUGCCACCAUGGACACGUAUGCCACGCCAACACAAUAUGCCAUUAAUGCCACAGCAUCGAUUAGCUCAACAAAUGUCCCGGCAUCUGCAUCUUCAACUUGUACAGUGUCAUAUAUGGUUCAGUCGAGCGAUGAUUGCAAAUCUGUGGCGCUGGACUUCACAUCAUGUCCACUGACAGUCUCUUAUAUAUGAAGGACCUGGAUCUGUACUGUCAUAAUUGGGCCGAUACGGUGGUCAAUUCAACUAUAUGUAUGCCACCGACAUGUGACACCUAUGUGUGGCAAAUGCAAGAAACUUGUGACAAUGUCGUCAGUAGGCUCGCCAAUGUCACAGUGCCACAGUUCCUAGCAAGGAACCCCAACUUCAACGCCCUUUGUCGGAACGCAUACACUGUUGUGGAAGGCGACACCUGCAGCGCAGUCUCAGUUGUCAACUCAAUCUCGCUGACAGACUUCUACUUUUUGAGUCCCGAAAUUGAUGCCAACUGUACAAAUCUCGAGCUUGGUCAGGCGUACUGCAUCACUGCCGUAGGCAAUAUCAAAACCUACUCUGGCUAUCCGAUAACCACGCCCUGGAUCACCGUGCCGACAGCAAGCUUUUCUGCCGUCGAUACAUCGAUUCCCAUAAUAACCAGCGACCCGGGAUUUAUUUACACACCCAGGUACCUCCCCGCCGCACCGGGGACCAUCAGUAACUGCCAAUCCUACGUGAAUUAUGACAAUACAACCUCCAAUCUCAAUUCUUGUAUUUUUAUCGCAUACGCAUAUGACGUCACAACUCACAACUUGUUAUCGUGGAACCCUAGUCUUGACACAAACUUGACGACAUGUGCCUUGCAACCUGGAUACAGUUACUGUGCUUUACUCAAUAGUACUUAUUCAGUAAUCAAUGGUGAUUACACUGACAACGAGCGCGACUCAUUAUGCCUACCAAUUAGUGCAACAGAGUCAAUCACGGUGGUGAACUGCAAUUGCUUCACGCAGAUCUACGGGUACUUGGUUGGAGACUACCAAUGUGAAGACAUCGAGUCUGAUUUCAACAUCACAGCAACCGAACUGAAAACAUGGAACCCCUGGCUUAGCGGCAACUGUGAUACUGCUCUUUACGCGAAUAUCACCGGUAACGACCUCCGCGCCGUUUGUGUUGGGGUAGGCUCUAGCUCGUCUAUCACCACUACUGCAACUACGGCUACUACUACAACAAAAACAGCCGAAUCUGCAGCACCAACCCAAACAGGUGUCAUCACUGGAUGUCAGGAGUUCUUCAUUGUUAAAUACGGAGAUGACUGCUCAACCAUGGAGGCUGAGUUUGGAGUCACCCUAGAAGAGCUCUAUGAAUGGAAUCCAAUUGGACCUACCUGUACAAACCUGUGGCUUGGUUAUGCAUAUUGCGUCAAUGGGCCUGUACCAACAACAAUAGCACCAGUCAGCAUUUCUCCAACAAAGACGGGAAGUGUUAGUAACUGCAACAAGUACCACACAGUGUUGGACCACGACUCAUGCGCCGCCAUUGAGAGUGAGUAUGACAUUACCUUCGCGCAACUUUAUGACUGGAACCCAGAAAUUGGGUCUGAUUGCCGGACGCUUGUCAUAGGCGAUGCUGUUUGUGUGGGUAUUAGUUCCGAAUCGCUGUUUUCUGGAUGCCAUCCGACUGAGACUUGA